AUGGAUACUUCGUCACCUACUGAGGCUAAGAAGUCUAAUUUGGAAGGUUUGUCCAAAGAAGAAUUAAUCAAAAAGUGCACCCAGUUACUGCAACUCGCCCAAAAAGCUAAGCAGUCGAAAUUAAUUCUUCAACAAGAAAACGAUCAAUUAAAAAAGGACUUGGAUAGUGUAAAAUCCCAUCUUAUUGAAAAAAAUAUAAGUGUCGUUGAAAAAGAGAAUUCAAAAAUAACCAAAGAAGAAGAAUCGCAAGCAAUAGAUAAACUGAAAAUUGAAUAUGAAAAUAAGCUGACAAUAUGCGAUAAUGAAAAUAUUUCCUAUAAAAGGCAAAUUGAUAGGUUGACCCAUGAGAAUGAACAACUCAUAGGAGAAUUAGACACUAUAGAAAAACACUCGCAACAAAUACAGCUAGAAAAAGAUGAAAUUAUAGCAAAAUUGAAGGAAGAAAGAGAUGCUUUAAAAGAAAUAAUCGUUAAUUUCCAGUGCACAAUCGCAGAAAAAGAUAAAAACUUUAACAAAAUAAACGAAGAACUAACAGCUAUUCAAAAUAAAGGUGAUCAAAGUGCUGAGAAUACGUUGAUGUUAGAAGAAAAUAAUUUAAAGUUGAAGCAAAAAAUUAAAUUUUACCAUUCUAAAAUAGUCAAAUUCGCUACCAUUUCGAAGGAUUUGCGAAACAGCAAAAUUGAACUUCUGCAACUAUUUAAAUCGUACAUUGAUCAGGUGAAAGAUUGGAAAGAUCAGUUAGAUUCCGCUCAAAAGUAUAUUGAGGUAUAUUUAACUAAAGUGAAUAAUGAAAAUAUCAUUUUGAAAGAAAAACUAGUCGAAUUAGAAAAAUUGCAAGUAAAGAAUUCAAGUAUAUCUGAAGAAAACGAGAAGAUAAAAGAAAUACAAGAGAACUUUGAAAGCGAAAUGAAAAUUCUAAAGGAUCAAUACGAAGAUGAAAAAGUUAAUUUGGAGAAAAUAUUAACACAAACUAAAGAAAAUAACGAAUUAUUGGCUACAGAAAAUAAGGAGCUUCGAGAAAACGCUGAUAAUGGAACAGAACAAGCACAUAACACGUACAAAGAAAUUAUAAAGGAAACCAAUCAGACUAUCAAAGAACGAGAAAACGAAAUAAAGCUACUGAGAAAAGAAAACGCAAUUACAUCGAGAAUAAAGGAAGAAUUGAAUCGAGAAUUAGAAAAACUAAAUUCCGACAAAAAAUUCUCCAAAGAGCAAAUCGAAACCUUCAAAAAAACCAUACUAGACUUACAAAACCAAGUAAAAUCACUGCAAGAGCUAGAAGUGAAAUCCACCGAAGAAAUCAAACAUUUAGCGGACGAAAAUAAACAAUUGCUAGCACAAAACGAAUCCUUACAAGAAAAACUCGAGACCCACGAACUUUCUCUUCAACGUAGAAACGACGGUUCUUCGCAAACGUACGAGGCACUAGGCAAUAGCAAUGAAUGCGAAGAGCAGGUAUCCAACCUAAAAAGGGAAAAUUCGGAAUUGCUGCUGGAAAUGAACGAAAUGAAUCAAGCCAUAAAAGAAAGGGGAGAAACCAUUUCGAAGCUCGAAGCUCACUGCGAGGAAGUCCUCAAAAAACUGCAGGUUUACGAAGCGCAGGCCAACAAGAACGUUGACAAUUUAACAGAAAAAGAGAGAAUCAUCGAUAGCCUAAACAACGAUAUUGUCGAUUUGAAAGAUAUUUUAAGAGAAAAGUCAGAAUAUGCCGAUUUAUUAAAGAGUCAAGUGGUCGAAUUAAAUGAUAAAUUAGCAGAAUACGAGCAUCGUCGGUCAGAAUUCGAUCAGUCAAAAGACAAGUCGGCGGAAAAAGAUAAAAUUAUCGAUUGUUUGAACAAAGAAAUCGACGAGUUGAAAGAUCGAUUGAAUUCGAAUCUGAAUUCAAGCAGUUUCGAUGACGGGAUGUCUACCUCGACAAUAUCUCGAACAGAAGAAAUUAAUCGAAUGAAGGAUUUGGAGGGAUCUUGGGAGGACAGGUAUGGAAAGCUGAGGAAUUUAGCCGUCAAAUUGAAAGGGAAAGUUCGCGAACUAACUCAAAAUCUGACCCAACAGCAGCUCGAAAACGAAGAUCUCCAAGUCAAGUUGUCUUCUAGCGCAAAAACGAUCCAGAACAUGCAAAUCGACUUCGACAAACUGCAAGACGAUCUGGAGGAAUCCAAAAAGGAGAGCGCUUUAUUGCACAAGCAACUCAGCGGAGUUGCCCACGAUAUUUCCAAAGACAAGCAAAAUUUGGCCAAUUCCGAUGAAAUAAUUAACAGCCUGAGGUUUGAAUUGGAGAACAAAAGGAAGGAAACCGAGGCCAUCGAAGUGUGGAAGAAGCAAGUAGGCUCAAAAAUACAGACUUUACGUAAAGAAUUGGAAACCAAAAAGGACAUCGAAGCCAAAUUAGAAGCUGCAGAAGUAGCCUUAAAAAACGAAAUAGAAAAUCACAAGCACACCAAAAACCUAUUAGAACAGUCGAACAACGAGCGCAAGAAAACCUCUGUAUUGAAUUUAGAAAUGCAGGAUUACGAGAAAUCAGUCAAGGAAUCCUCCAAAAAGCUCGAACAACAAUUAGAAGAAAUAUCGAAGUUAAAAAACCAAUUAGAAACCCAGAAAACGACUGUCGCCGCUUUGAGAGAACAAAACAAACUGCUCGAAGAAAAACUCGCCGAAAAAGAAGAAAACUUGAACUCCCUAACAUCCGAAAUAUCUACCUACAAAAAACAAAUAACCAACUUAGACAACGACAUAUCACAAAAAAGCGACAAGAUUUCCUCCUUGACCAGGCAACUGGAAACAUCUCGCGCCGAAACCGAAGACUUAUCCACCGAACUAACGAAACUGAUUUCCGAACAUCAGAAAACCAACAGCGUCCUCAAAUCGGAGAGGGACAAUCUGUCUGGGGAGAGCUUGAGGCUCCAGCAGAGCCUUCGGGACGUCCAGGACGAAUUGAAACUGACCCAGGACGCCAUGAAAGCGGUUCAAGACGAGUACGAUGGCUACAAAAUCAGGGCUCAGACGGUGCUGAGGCAAAACCAGAGUCGAGAUGUGGGUUUGGAAGAGAAGCUCUCCGAGGAAGUGGCCGCCUUGGUGGCUCAGAAUCUGACGCUCACUAACCGUUUUGAAGAUUCCAAGAAAACGAUUGAAUCUCUUGAAAACGAUAACAACAAAUUAACGAUGGAGUUGAAGCAGUACGAGCGAAAAGUGCGUGAACUAGAAGAGGAUUGCGAAGACAUCAAAUCUCAGUUUGCAGACUUGUCGGCGAAACACGAAAAAUCCGUCAUCGAAAACGCCGAAACUUUAAGGAAUCUAAAGAUACACGCAGACACUCUUUCCCAAUGCUACAGGCAGCAAUUGUCUGAUCAAGAGACGAGGCACAACCGAGAAAUCAUUGAACUUCAAAGUAGCUUAGAGAAGGCCCCGCACUCUUCGGAAACCUCGCCAGUUCUCCCGACGAUGAUGCCCCGGGGCGAAGGAGAAGGCUCGGAGAGCAUAGAAAGUAACAAUUCUUCGAGCGUGCACCCCGUUCCGUUGGAGAGAUUGUUGGGUAGUAAUUCCGAAGAAGAAAUUGAGAGGAUAAAGAAAAAACUGCAAGAUAGCGAAUCGAAGGUGGCGCAUUUAACUUCUUUACUAUCUGAUAUCGAACAGGACUUGGUAAAGCACGUUCAAAUGAAUAAAUUACUUAAAGAAGAAAUCAGGAGGCAGCAGAGGUCCGAAGAACGGGAGAAACACGCUGAAAAUUUGGAGUACAUGAAAAACGUCGUGUUUAAGUUCAUCACUCUGAAUAGCUGCGACGAGAGAAGCAGAUUAGUCCCAGUGCUAAAUACGAUACUUAAGCUAAGUCCCGAGGAAACAAAACUAUUGAAUUCGGUGGCUGCAGGCGGUGCUCAAGGCAACGCAAGAGGCUGGAGUAGUUACUUACCAACGUGGAAUGCGAGUCCCAAACACCAGUAA